AUGAUUUAUGGGUGGCAAAAACAGUUAUACUCGACACUGGCCACUCCUCAAUUCAUCCUUCCGACCCAAGCUCUUCCCGACUUUGAUCUACAAUCCAUCAGCAUCCUCGUCGUUAGUGCCGACGCAGUUCGAUGCAACGGCGUGACCCGGGCCGGGCACGAUCCACCGGACGCCGAACCUGAAGAAACUAGAGCGACGGGCAGCGGCGCGAGCGGGGCGACAGGAAACCGCGCAGAUGCGUCAGAAUCAGAACCUUUUUUAACGGCGCCCAGCUCGCCGGGGCGCCGCCAGCCAAAGGCGCCAUGCUCUGGCGGUUUGACAGGCGCCCCUAGGCGCGCACCUCUUGAAAAGGUGGCGCCGUCAACCCUACCCGGCUUGCUUAGCGAGUCCCAGCUGGCCCUCCAAGCUCGCUCCUCCCGUGCUCUCUUCAAUCGCAGACAAGUCACCAUGUCCAAGACUUCCGCCCACCUCCCCAAACCUCGUCCUAUCCUCAACUCUUCUUCCGUCGGCCCCCUCCAUCGUCCCGCCCAACCGCGCUCACUCUCUCACUCCCAUCUCGCGGGCUCUAAACGCAAGCAAUCUUCCCCAAAACACAAAUCCACCGCCCUGUCCAUCAAUCAGUUAUCCACCCCUCGCAAAUCCGCUAAAUCCUCUUCCACUGGCCUCGCAUCAAGAUCCGUAACCGUCUUGGUCCCUGAUACCCCUCAAAAUAACCAUCGUCUUCGUCGGUGA